UUUCCUUCUCCUUUCUUCCAUAUUUUCUGAUGCAUCCAUACCCUUUUCACGUUCUCAAAGAUUGAAUUCGAAGUUCUAUUCCCUUUAGAAUCCAGAGGAAUGAUCGGAUUGAUUUUUGAGAAUCACCGGGUUUAAUUGAUGAAGAAUUUGGUGAAUUGAAAUCCGUAUUUCAUGUUUUUGGCGGGAGAUUCUUGGUGAAGAGAGAUUUGUUCAAGUACCUGGGGUUUUAAUUGCAAAGUGUGACGCUUUGGAUAACAAUCGAUCGUUGUUAUUACAAGAAGAAAUGGCUUCAAAUCAUUCAUCGUUGGAAAUGCUACAAGAGCCGAGCAUCGACACCGAUAAACUCAGCUACGAGAUUUUUUCGAUCCUCGAAAGCAAGUUCUUAUUCGGUUAUGACGAUCAGAAGCUCUGGAAACCCAAACAGGCUUCUCCAGAAGAUUAUGUUACGUCAAACGCGGUGGCCGAUUACGACGGCGUUCAAUCGAUGAAGAAUCAGAGAGGAAAAAUCUGCGUUCUCUCAAUUGACGGUGGAGGAAUGAGGAGUAUUUUAGCCGGUAAGGCCCUAGCGUACCUUGAAAACGCGUUGAAGGAAAAGUCCGGUAAUCCGAACGCAAGAAUCGCCGAUUAUUUUGAUGUUGCUGCCGGCACCGGAGUAGGAGGAAUCUUUACGGCGAUGUUGUUUGGGAGUAAGAACCAGAGCCGUCCGCUUUUCAAGGCGGAGGAUACGUGGAAGUUUCUAGCCGAGCAGGGGAAGCGCCUGUAUAAUCAGAAACCGAUUUCCGGCGGUGGCGGAGGUUUAUUGAAAAGGAUUUUACGCGGCGGAAGCAGCGGCGGAGGGAGUACUCACGCUACCACUGGAUUCGAGAACGCAAUGAAAGAAGCGUUUACAGUCAACGGGCAGAGUUUGACUUUGAGAAACACAUUGAAGCCGAUUUUGAUCCCUUGCUACGACCUCUCCAGCUCGGCUCCGUUCCUGUUCUCGCGAGCCGACGCUUUGGAAACCGACAGCUUCGAUUUCCAGCUCUGGGAGGUCUGCCGUGCCACGUCAGCUUCUCCGGACUUGUUCGAGCCCGUCUCAAUGAAGUCUACAGACGGAAAGACUCGUUGUGUGGCGGUAGACGGCGGUCUAGCCAUGAGCAACCCCACUGCUGCCGCGAUUACGCACGUGCUACACAACAAACAGGAGUUCCCGUUCGUGCGAGGGGUGGAGGACCUUUUGGUACUUUCACUUGGGACAGGUCAGCUUCUAGAAGGAAACUUCCAUUACGAGCCAGUCAAAGGGUGGAAAGCUAACCACUGGUGUCGUCCCAUGGCUCGAAUUUCCGGCGACAGCUCCGCCGACAUGGUGGACCACGCCGUCGCCAUGGCGUUUGGUCAGAACCGUUGUAGCAACUACGUCCGUAUCCAGGCAAAUGGAUCGAACAUGGGUGGUUGUGGGGUGAAUGUUGACUCGGACCCUAGUCCCAGCAAUGUAAAAAUGCUGACAGCAAUAGCUGAUGAAAUGCUGAGGCAGAAAAACGUUGAAUCUGUGCUGUUUGAGGGCAAGAGGAUCGCUGACGAGAGUAAUCUUGAAAAACUUGAUUGGUUUGCCGGAGAACUUGUGGUAGAGCAUCAAAGGAGGAGCUGCCGGAUUGCUCCCACUGUUGCUUUUAAGCAAGCCGCCAUGAAACAGACUUGAAUUUCCAAUAAAGGGGGAGGGGGAAUAAAGCGAUAUGUACUUUGUAAAAUGACACUCGAUUGUCAGAAGAAAGGAAAAAGGGUAAAAGAGUACAAGGAAUGUGGAGCCCAGUCUACUUGGUAAGAGGAGGGGCAAAAAAGGUAAAAAGGAUGUAUAAUUGUAUGUUGAUUAAUACAAUUAUUCCACAUGAUUCUUGAUUUAAACAAGAUAUAAAUGAAUGAUUCAAGUCCCAAGGGAUAAGAAUAAGAUAAGAUAGGAAAGGAAGAUGAUUAGAGUAAAGAAAAGAGAAGGGGCCGCUUGUACCAUAAAUAAAUCAACUUGGUGUCUGUUGGCAGUUUUUGUUGCCCAUUGAUACACUUAUUUAUAGUGAUUUGUGUAUAUGUUUUAAAUUAAUAGAGAGGUGUGUGAUAGGUUUGUGUUUAGUCUUCCUCUAUAUUAUUCAUAGUGUAAAAGAAUCAUGUGUAUCUUCUUUGAAGUUAAAUUAUGUGAU